CCCCCAUAUGAUCGUCAUUCUCCACACGGCGUCUCUCCGCGGCCAUGGUAACAGCACCGUCUAACGGACUACUGCAGACAACAACAGAAACAAGUGCUUCUCUUUGAGACGGUUCCAGCACAGAGACAUUGUCCUCCAUUUACGAUGAACCUGGCAGAGAUCUGUGACAACGCUAAGAAGGGCAGAGAGUAUGCUCUGCUGGGAAACUAUGACUCCUCUAUGGUCUACUACCAGGGAGUGAUCCAGCAGAUACAUAAACACGGCCAAGCCCUCAGAGACCCUGCACUCAAAGUCAAGUGGCAACAGGUGAGACAGGAGUUGUUGGAGGAGUAUGAGCAGGUGAAAGGCAUUGUGGGUACUCUGGAGAGUUUUAAGGUGGACAAGCCAGCUGACUUCCCCGUCCCUCAGUCUGAGGAGGGGCCCAGAGACCCUGCAGUGUGGCCCCCACCCACCCCUGCAGAGCACAGGGCCCCUACUGCAGUGAAGCGUCCUAACAGUGGGGUGAAACCCCAGCAGAGGAAGGACUCUCCAGGUAUGCAGCCCAGAGGGGCUCCGGGAGGGAGGGGCCAGACCAACCCUAAAACAGACCGCCCCGCCCCCAGGGACGCCCCCCGAGGCACCAAGGUCAGAGACGACAAGGGUAAAAAGGCUGUAGCAGAGGGAGCAGGGGAUGGAGAGCUGAAGAAGUUUGAUGGUUCGGGGUACGACAGUGACUUAGUGGAGGCACUGGAGAGAGACAUCGUCUCCCGCAACCCCAACAUACACUGGGGGGACAUUGCUGACCUGGAGGAUGCUAAGAAGCUGUUGAGAGAAGCGGUGGUUCUGCCCAUGUGGAUGCCAGACUUCUUCAAGGGUAUACGCCGACCCUGGAAGGGUGUGUUGAUGGUGGGCCCACCAGGGACAGGGAAGACCAUGCUGGCUAAAGCCGUGGCUACAGAGUGUGGCACCACCUUCUUCAACGUGUCCUCCUCCACACUCACCUCCAAAUACAGAGGAGAGUCUGAGAAACUGGUUCGCCUGCUCUUUGAGAUGGCGAGGUUCUAUGCCCCGACCACCAUCUUCAUAGAUGAGAUAGACUCCAUUUGUGGGAGUCGAGGGAAGUCGGACGAACACGAAGCCAGCCGCAGAGUCAAGUCAGAAAUACUGGUACAGAUGGACGGUGUGGGGGGAGCUUCAGAGAAUGACGAUCCCUCUAAGAUGGUGAUGGUUCUGGCUGCUACUAACUUCCCCUGGGACAUCGACGAGGCACUACGGAGACGACUGGAGAAGAGAAUCUACAUCCCGCUGCCUACAGCUGUGGGUCGUGCUGAACUGCUGGGGAUCAGUCUAAAGGAGGUGGAUGUGGCUGAUGAUGUGGACCUGGCUCUCAUCGCUGACAAGAUAGACGGAUACUCUGGAGCUGACAUCACCAACGUCUGCAGAGAUGCAUCUAUGAUGGCUAUGCGUCGGCGUAUCCAGGGCCUCUCUCCAGAGGAGAUCAGAGCUCUGUCUAAAGAAGAGCUUCAGAUGCCUGUCACCAUGGACGACUUCACAAUCACCUUGAAGAAGAUCUCCAAGUCUGUCUCCGCUGCCGACUUGGAGAAGUACCAGGCCUGGAUGGACGAGUUUGGAUCUGUCUAGAGAGAGGACACAGCACCAGGAGUGGAAGAAAGGACUGUAAGAGCAGAGGGGGAGAGGACCAGUGGGGAUUGGAGUGGGAUUGGAGGGGGAGAGGACCAGUGGGAUUGGAGUGGAUUAGCAGAGUGGGAGAGGACCAGUGGGAUUGGAGUGGAAGAGCAGAGUGGGAGAGGACCAGUGGGGAUUGGAGUGGAUUAGCAGAGUGGGAGAGGACCAGUGGGAUUGGAGUGGGAGAGGACCAGUGGGAUUGGAGUGGAUUAGCAGAGUGGGAGAGGACCAGUGGGAUUGGAGUGGAAGAGCAGAGUGGGAGAGGACCCGUGGGGAUUGGAGUGGGAGAAGACCAGGAGAAAGAGACAUGUAUGUGAAGUGUAGAGGAUCUAGAGGAGGUUGUGACUGGUGGAGAACUAGAGGCCAAGAGUGUGAGCCAAGAGGAUUGAAGUGUGUAAAGCGGAGACGAAUGGACUAGAGUGUUUGGCUGAGAUUUAAAGGGUACAUCUCAAUAGUCUAAAGUUGCUUCCUCUCUUCGUCCCCUUGUCUUCAUCUCCUUGGCUCUUCAUCUCCUUGUCUUCCUCUGUAUCUGUUGGUCCAUCCCUCCCUCCACUCACUACGCCUCUAUGUGUCUGUGGAGAUGGAGUCUGUCACUGCAUCUAAAAUGAUACCCUAUACCCUAUAUAGUGCACUAAGGGUCUGGUCAAAAGUAGGGCACUAUAUAGGGAAUAGGGUGCCAUUUUGGAUGCAGUCUGUGAAACCCUUCGCAGACACCUUGGACUGAUACUUGAAUGGACACCUACAGACACUAACUACCACACACAUUCACCAGGAGAUGAAAUGUACCUGAACAGGUUGGGUUGAAUGGUUCAGCUGUUCGUUUGACCACCCAGCUAUCACAGUGUCUGGAAAUGUAGAUAAUACACUGAACAAAAAUCUAAACGCAACACGCCACCAUUUCUACGAUUUUACAGAGUUACAGUUCAUAUAAGGAAAUCAGUCAAUUUAAAUAAAUUCAUUAAGCCCUAGUACAUGGAUUUCACAUGACUGGGAAUACAGAUAGGUAUCAUAUCUUUUUUUUUUUUUAAAGUAGGGCCGUGGAUCAGAACCAGUCAGUAUCUGGUAUAACCACCAUUUGCCUCAGGCAGCGCGACACAUCUCCUUUGCAUAGAGUUGAUCAGGCUGUUGGUUGUGGCCUGUUGAAUGUUGUCCCACUCCUCUUCAAUGGCUGUGCGAAGUCGCUGGAUAUUAGCUGCACUUGGAACACGCGGUCGUACAUGUCGAUCCAGAGCAUUCCAAACAUGCUCAAUGGGUGAGAUGUCUGAGAAUGCAGGCUACGGAAGAACUGGGACAUUUUCAUCCUCCAGAAAUUGUAUACAGAUCAUGCUGAAACAUGAGGUGAUGGCGGUGGAUGAAUGGCACAACAAUGAGCCUCAGGAUCUCAUCAUGUACACUACCGUUCAAAAGUUUGGGGUCACUUAGAAAUGUCCUUGUUUUUAAAAGAAAAGCAAAAUAAUUUGUCCAUUUAAAAUAAUAUAAAAUUGAUCAGAAAUACAGUGUUGACAUUGUUAAUGUUGUAAUUGACUAUUGUAGCUGGAAACGGCAGAUGUUUUAUGGAAUAUCUACAUAGGUGUAAAGAGGCCCAUUAUCAGCAACCAUCACUCCUAUGUUCCAAUGGCACGUUGUGUUAGCGAAUCCAAGUUUAUCAGUUUAAAAGGCUAAUUGAUCAUUAGAAAACCCUUGUGCAAUUAUGUUAGCACAGCUGAAAACUGUUGUUCUGAUUAAAGAAGCAAUAAAACUGGCCUUUAGACUAGUUGAGUAUCUGGAGCAUCAGCAUUUGUGUGUUCGAUUACAGGCUCAAAAUGGCCAGAAACAAAUAACUUUCUUUUGAAACUCGUAAAAUGAUAAACGUGGAUUAACUAACACAACGUGCCAUUGGAACACAUGGGCCUCUUUACGCCUAUGUAGAUAUUCCAUAAAAAAUCUGCCGUUUCCAGCUACAAUAGUCAUUUACAACAUUAACAAUGUCUACACUGUAUUUCUGAUCAAUUUGAUCUUAUUUUAAUGGACCAAAAAAAUUGCUUUUCUUUCAAAAACAAGGACAUAUUUAAGUGACCCCAAACAGUUGAACGGUAGUUUAACUCUGUGCAUUCAAAUUGCCAUCGAUAAAAUGCAAUUGUGUUUGUUGUCCGUAUCUUACGCCUGCCCAUACCAUAACCCCACCGCCACCAUGGGUCACUCUGUUCACAUCGUUGACAUCAGCAAACCGCUCACCCACACAACGCCAUACAUGUGGUCUGCGGUUGUGAGACCGUUUGGAUGUACUGCCAAAAUCUCUCAAAUUACGUUGGAGGCAGCUUAUGGUAAAGAAAUGAACAUUCAAUUAUCUAGCAACAGCUCUGGUGGACAUUCCUGCAGUAAGCAUGCCAAUUUCACGCUCCCUCAAAAUCUGUGGCAUUGUGUUGUUACAAAACUGCACAUUUUAGAGUGGCCUUUUAUUGUUCCCAGCACAAGGUGCACCUGUGUAAUGAUCAUGCUCUUAAAUCAGCUUCUUGAUAUGCCACACCUGUCAGGUGGAUGGAUUAUCUUGGCAAAGGAGAAAUGCUCAUUAACAGGGAUGAAACAAAGAGAGAGAAUAAGCUUUUCGUGAUUAUGGAAAAUUUGGGGGAUUUUUUAUUUCAGCUCAUGAAACAUGGGACCAACACUUUACAUGUUGUGUUUAUAUUUUUGUUCAGUGUAGUUAGUUUAGCUACUGUAACUAGUAUACUAGUUAGUUUAGCUACUGUAACUAGUAUACUAGUUAGUUUAGCUACUGUAACUAGUAUACUAGUUAGUUUAGCUACUGUAACUAGUAUACUAGUUAGUUAGUGUAGCUACUGUAACAAGUAUACUUGUUAGUUUAGCUACUGUAACUAGUAUACUAGUUAGUUAGUGUAGCUACUGUAACAAGUAUACUUGUUAGUUUAGCUACUGUGACUAGUAUACUAGUUAGUUAGUGUAGCUACUGUAAUGAGUAUACUUGUUAGUUUAUCUACUGUGACUAGUAUACUUGUUAGUUUAUCUACUGUAAUGAGUAUACUUGUUAGUUUAUCUACUGUGACUAGUAUACUUGUUAGUUUAGCUACUGUGACAAGUAUACUUGUUAGUUUAUCUACUGUGACAAGUAUACUUGUUAGUUUAGCUACUGUAACUAGUAUACUAGUUAGUUAGUGUAGCUACUGUAAUGAGUAUACUUGUUAGUUUAUCUACUGUGACUAGUAUACUUGUUAGUUUAGCUACUGUAACUAGUAUACUUGUUAGUUUAGCUACUGUAACAAGUAUACUUGUUAGUUUAGCUACUGUAACAAGUAUACUUGUUAGUUUAGCUACUGUAACUAGUAUACUAGUUAGUUAGUGUAGCUACUGUAAUGAGUAUACUUGUUAGUUUAGCUACUGUAACUAGUAUACUAGUUAGUUAGUGUAGCUACUGUAAUGAGUAUACUUGUUAGUUUAUCUACUGUGACUAGUAUACUUGUUAGUUUAGCUACUGUAAAUAGUAUACUAGUUAGUUUAGCUACUGUAACGAGUAUACUAGUUAGUUUAGCUACUGUGACUAGUAUACUAGUUAGUUUAGCUACUGUGACUAGUAUACUAGUUAGUUUAGCUACUGUGACUAGUAUACUAGUUAGUUUAGCUACUGUGACUAGUAUACUAGUUAGUUUAGCUACUGUGACUAGUAUACUAGUUAGCUUAGCUACUGUGACUAGUAUACUAGUUAGUUUAGCUACUGUGACUAGUAUACUAGUUAGUUUAGCUACUGUGACUAGUAUACUAGUUAGUUUAGCUACUGUGACUAGUAUACUAGUUAAUCAUCACUGAUGAACACUACUCACACAGAUGUUUAUUAUUGAUCACUAAACUGUUGGAUGUUAUGUGUUUUUAUAACCCAGUACCACAGAAAGAGUCAGUGUAGUAGUGUGUUGGCGAAUGUGUGUGUCAUAUUUCAUCUGGAGACACACUAACUAACCCUUCUUCAACUUAAGAGGCUCUACGUCUGGGGCGGUACUGAUUUUUAGUUUUUUUUUAAACUUCAUCUCAUUCCUUUAUUUAGUAAUGUCAUUUUAAUUUAUAUGAAUUGUACGAACGUUAUGAUUCACAUUCCUGAAUGUUUUAAGUGAAAAAGGAAAAUGCAAUCUUGUCAUUGUGUUUUUAUUGCCUGAAGUUUUGGAACACUGGAGAAGGAACAGCUGAAGUAUGUCUGAGUCCAAAAUGGGACCCUAAUGCCUAUGUACUGCGCUACGUAUGACCGGUUCCCAUCCCACAGGGACAACAAGUAGUGCACUGUAUAGGGAAUACAGCCAUUUAGGACAGAGUCAAAUGGGUUUGUCAAGUAGGCCUAAGACCAAGUCUAGUACAGCACAGGUACAGAGUUGUGAAUUAGAGGAGCCAGGUCACCUCACUGUUUGGUGUUUUCACAUGUCAUUUGUCAUUGAUCAAAAUGAGAAUAUUAAAGUGUUGACAGAUA